CCACGUUCCCCCCCACCCCACCCCCGGGCUCUUCACCCUGAUGCUGCACGGGUGCUGAGCCCGCCCGGGUCGGGACGAUGGUGAAGUAUUUCCUGGGCCAGAGCAUGCUCCGAAGUUCCUGGGACCAAGUGUUCGCUGCCUUCUGGCAACGGUAUCCGAAUCCCUAUAGUAAACAUGUCUUAACCGAAGACAUAGUGCACCGGGAGGUGACUCCUGACCAGAAGCUUCUGUCCCGAAGACUCCUGACCAAGACCAACAGGAUGCCAUGCUGGGCAGAGCGACUGUUUCCUGCCAACGUUGCUCACUCGGUGAACAUCCUGGAGGACUCAAUUGUGGACCCACAGAAUCAGACCAUGACCACCUUCACCUGGAACAUCAACCACGCCUGGCUGAUGGUGGUGGAGGAACGAUGUGUUUACUGCGUGAACUCUGACAAUAGCGGCUGGACCGAAAUCCAUCGGGAAGCCUGGGUCUCCUCCAGCUUAUUUGGCGUCUCCAGAGCUGUCCAGGAAUUUGGUCUUGCCCGGUUCAAAAGCAAUGUGACCAAGACAAUGAAGGGCUUUGAAUACAUUCUGGCCAAGCUACAAGGUGAAGCACCUUCUAAAACACUUGUUGAGACAGCCAAAGAGGCCAAAGAGAAAGCAAAGGAGACAGCACUGGCAGCUACAGAGAAGGCCAAGGACCUGGCCAACAAGGCGGCCACCAAGCAGCAGCAGCAGCAGCUCGUAUAGCCUACUUCCUCUCCCUUCUCCCCCGUGUACUUGAUUAUUAAAGAUCAACCUGCAGCCCUC